GUAGAACUCCCUAAAGUUCAAGCCUGAUUCAGCACCAGCCAUAAAUACUUUAAACCUUCCCUUUCAUAUCAUUCGCUCAUGCAUUCCGUCUUCCCAAUCAAGAAGAUCCCAAAAUUUGGUGAAAUGUACGCUUCUGCAAUUUGCGUUUUGUUCCCAAUGGCCAUUUGCGGAUCAAAAGAUUGAGCAGAAACAACAAAUCAAUCGAUGGAAAGAAAGGGAAGAACGAAGCCACUUGCCGAAUCUCAUCAGCGUGGCAUCGCAACGCCCCAAAGAUUCUCAUUCUCCCUUCCUCCUCACUCUUUUUUCCUCGCCAGAUAGCCGAUGGACGGAGCAUUUUAACCAUCGCCCAUCUCCUCCCGCCGCUUUCCUUCGUUGCAACCUCUCCCCGUUUCGGAAUUUCCCGUUCUCAACAUGAUGCUGGGAUCGAGGAGUGGAGAUGUAUCUGACAAUGGGGAAUUGGGUAGUCUUCUUCUCGGAAGAUUGUUUCUGGAGCCGUCUGUUUCUGUCUCUCCAGCAUUCUAUGCCUCCGUUAUGAGCAGGCGAGGCGAUUCUGUGGGGUUCGACCAUUGCCUAAAACCUGUGGUCUCCUUGUGCUUCUCGGUGGAUUCGAGGCGUGGAAGGAGGGGAACAGGAAAGACGUUGUUUCUUUCCGUUGGUCUUUCGGUUAAGGAGUCGAGGGAGAGCUUGGAGCAGAAGACUGAAGUGCGUGACUCCCACGUGGGGCUCGGUGUGAUAGAGAGGAAGGAGGAGGAGGAGCGGAGACUGCAGCUUAAGGGCUCUGGUGCGGUUAAUACGACGAAGCAUCUAUGGGCGGGAGCAGUGGCUGCCAUGGUUUCUAGAACGUUUGUAGCUCCACUUGAGAGAUUGAAGCUCGAGUACAUUGUUCGUGGUGAGAAGAAGAAUCUUUUUGAACUUAUUAAAGCAAUUGCAGUAUCUCAGGGUUUGAAGGGAUUUUGGAAGGGCAACUUUGUUAACAUUCUUCGCACAGCGCCAUUUAAGGCAGUCAAUUUUUAUGCAUAUGAUACUUACAGAAAGCAGCUUAUGAAAUUGACCCGCCAUGAAGAAAUAACGAACUUUGAGAGGUUUGUAGCUGGUGCAGCUGCGGGGAUCACUGCAACUAUACUUUGCAUACCCAUGGAUACAAUUCGGACAAAGUUGGUCGCUCCAGGUGGUGAAGCACUAGGUGGUGUGAUCGGUGCAUUUUGUUACAUGGUCCAGACUGAAGGAUUUUUUUCACUGUAUAAAGGCCUAGCACCAUCCAUUUUAAGCAUGGCGCCUUCUGGUGCAGUUUUUUAUGGUGUCUAUGACAUACUAAAAUCUGCUUAUCUGCACUCGCCUAAAGGGAAGAAAAGGCUUAUGCAGAUGAAGCAGCAAGAUGGACAUGAAGUCAGUGCUUUGGACCAGCUUGAGUUGGGACCAUUGCGGACUCUUUUGCAUGGAGCCAUUGCUGGUGCAUGUGCUGAGGCUGCAACCUAUCCUUUUGAGGUAGUGCGGAGACAGCUUCAAAUGCAAGCCCAGGCAACAAAAAUGAGUGCAGUGGCUACUUGCAUCAAAAUUGUUGAGAAAGGUGGCAUUCCAGCACUUUAUGCAGGUUUAGUUCCAAGCUUGCUGCAGGUUUUACCUUCUGCUGCAAUCAGUUAUUUUGUUUAUGAAUUCAUGAAGAUAGUCCUCAAAGUAGAGUAAUUCUGACAUGAGCCAUUCGAUUCUUAACAAGACAAUGGAGCCUCAGCUUGGGUUCCCAUGUGGUUCUUCAUUGAAGCUACUCGAUUUUGUAGUUCUUUAUACACUAGUAGCUAGAUUCACAAUAGCAAUGGAAGUCCUUUUUUUUUUCUGUUAUUAAUGUUGAGUUGGAAGAUAUAUGUGAACAAUAAGCCCUGGGAGCUGGCAUCAUACGCAAUCAUGUACUACAAUCCUUCAUUAGGUACAAAGAAUUUUCUUGUAAUCGUGUAGGGAUUAAGAGCAGAUUUCCUGUGUCAUGCUAGUUUUGCUCUAUCCUUACUGUGUGUUCACAUUCCGUUGCAUGGUUGUGUUCUUCAAUGAACUGUUGAGAGAAUAAUUGUACUGCA